AUGAACGAUGCACGAGUUGUGUGCAGGCAACUGGGCUGUGGCAAGCCUGUUGCUGCUCUGAGAAAUAGCUAUUUUGGAGAAGGCUGGGCAAGUCCUUGGAUGACUCGUGUGAGCUGCACUGGCUCUGAAGACUUUUUGUGGUCUUGCCCUUAUGAAGACCCAUACUAUUCAUGUGGCGUUUAUGGAGAUGCUAGUGUCAUAUGUGCAGGGAGCACCUCUUUCCCUCCAGUGAGCACCACUCUAAAUGUCUUUUACGCAGGAUCCUGGGGGACAGUGUGUGAUGAUUCUUGGGAUCUCAAUGACGCAAAUGUUGUGUGCAGGCAGCUUGGAUGUGGAUAUGGUGUUGCAGCAAAGACCAAUGCCUAUUUCGGUCAAGGCUCAGGAAAUAUUGUUCUGGAUAAUGUGAAUUGCAAAGGAUGGGAAUACAGUCUAUGGGACUGUCCUCAUUCAGGAUGGCUCUCUCAUAACUGUGGUCAUUCUGAAGAUGCCGGUGUCAUCUGCUCAGGAACAUCAGGAUCCACUCCAUCAUGGCCCUGGUACACCACAGCUGCUGCUGGACAUACAAGCUCUCCAACAACAGGAACACCGGGAUCCACUCCAUCAUGGCCCUGGUACACAACUGCAAGCACUCCGUUUCCUCCAGGGAGAACCACACCAAGUGGGCUGGCAUUGAGACUGGUGAAUUCAUAUAGCAGAUGUGAGGGUCGUGUUGAAGUCUUUUACGCAGGAUCCUGGGGGACAGUGUGUGAUGAUUCUUGGGAUCUCAAUGACGCAAAUGUUGUGUGCAGGCAGCUUGGAUGUGGAAUGGUUGUUGCAGCAAAGACCAAUGCCUAUUUCGGUCAAGGCUCAGGAAAUAUUGUUCUGGAUAAUGUGAAUUGCAAAGGAUGGGAAUACAGUCUAUGGGACUGUCCUCAUUCAGGAUGGCUCUCUCAUAACUGUGGUCAUUCUGAAGAUGCCGGUGUCAUCUGCCUCAGGAACAUCAGGAUCCACUCCAUCAUGGCCCUGGUACACCACAGCUGCUGCUGGACAUACAAGCUCUCCAACAACAGGUAUCAUUUCAGGAACAUCAGGAUCCACUCCAUCAUGGCCCUGGUACACCACAGCUGCUGCUGGACAUACAAGCUCUCCAACACAGGUAUCAUUUCAGCAAGCACUCCGUUUCCUCCAGGGAGAACCACACCAAGUGGGCUGGCAUUGAGACUGGUGAAUUCAUAUAGCAGAUGUGAGGGUCGUGUUGAAGUCUUUUACGCAGGAUCCUGGGGGACAGUGUGUGAUGAUUCUUGGGAUCUCAAUGACGCAAAUGUUGUGUGCAGGCAGCUUGGAUGUGGAUAUGGUGUUGCAGCAAAGACCAAUGCCUAUUUCGGUCAAGGCUCAGGAAAUAUUGUUCUGGAUAAUGUGAAUUGCAAAGGAUGGGAAUACAGUCUAUGGGACUGUCCUCAUUCAGGAUGGCUCUCUCAUAACUGUGGUCAUUCUGAAGAUGCCGGUGUCAUCUGCUCAGGAACAUCAGGAUCCACUCCAUCAUGGCCCUGGUACACCACAGCUGGAACACCGGGAUCCACUCCAUCAUGGCCCUGGUACACAACUGCAAGCACUCCGUUUCCUCCAGGGAGAACCACACCAAGUGGGCUGGCAUUGAGACUGGUGAAUUCAUAUAGCAGAUGUGAGGGUCGUGUUGAAGUCUUUUACGCAGGAUCCUGGGGGACAGUGUGUGAUGAUUCUUGGGAUCUCAAUGACGCAAAUGUUGUGUGCAGGCAGCUUGGAUGUGGAUAUGGUGUUGCAGCAAAGACCAAUGCCUAUUUCGGUCAAGGCUCAGGAAUUGUUCUGGAUAAUGUGAAUUGCAAAGGAUGGGAAUACAGUCUAUGGGACUGUCCUCAUUCAGGAUGGCUCUCUCAUAACUGUGGUCAUUCUGAAGAUGCCGGUGUCAUCUGCUCAGGAACAUCAGGAUCCACUCCAUCAUGGCCCUGGUACACCACAGCUGCUGCUGGACAUACAAGCUCUCCAACAACAGUAAAAUAUACUUGUGGUGGUGUCCUUCAGUAUUCAUCUGGGACAUUUCAAAGCCCGUUCUACCCUGGAAAUUAUCCAAACAAUGCAGAUUGUGUGUGGGAAAUAGAAGCAGUGAGCAAUUACCUCAUAACACUUUCAUUUAGAGAUAUCUCGACAGAAGGUGGUAGUUGCCAGUAUGAUUAUAUAGAGAUAUAUGAUGGACCACUCUACACUUCUCCUUUACUGGGGAAAAUUUGUUAUAAUUCCUAUUUUACAUAUACAUCGUCCUCAAACUUGAUGACAGUUCGAUUUCACAGUGACUCAAGUAUCACAAAGAAAGGGUUCCGUGCUGACUACUACACCAUUCCAGCAGAUCAGAAUACUACUCUUUUGUGCUUGCCAGAAUACAUGCAUGCAGUUGUUAACAGAGCCUAUCUCCACUCACAAGGCUACAUUGCAGAGAAUAUCAGCUUGAAUGACCCUUAUUGUAAGCCAAAGAUUACACCAAACUAUAUUAUAUUCAACAUACCAUACAAUGGCUGUGGCACAAGACGAGAGGGAAACAGCAACACUAUCAUGUAUUCUAACUUGAUCAAAGCAACCUCUUCUGGUUACAUAAUCAAAAGGGAAAAAGAUCUUCACUUGCAUAUCAACUGCAAAAUGCUCCAAAACACAUGGAAAGAAAUCAUGUAUAUUGCCGAGGAUGUUCCUGAGGAUAUUAAGGAGGUCAAUGAAACUCAGUACAGCAGAUAUGACGUGAACAUUUCAUUUUACGAAUCACCGUCCUUCUCACGGCCAGUGUUUGACUCUCCAUACUAUGUUAGAUUGAACCAGAAUGUAUUCCUUCAAGCUUCAGUUAACAGCUCUGACCCAAAUCUGGUGUUGUUUUUGGACACCUGUGUUGCAUCACCUGAUUCCAGUAGUGUUACAUCCACCACCUAUGAUAUUAUCAGGAAUGGAUGUGUUAGAGAUCCAACCUAUGGUACAUACUAUUCACCCUACAGCUCCACCAUACGGUUCAAAUUUAAUGCCUUCAAGUUUAUUAAUCAAUAUUCAUCAGUUUACCUGCAGUUUAAAAUGGUCGUGUGCAGGGUAUAUGAUUAUUCUUCCCGAUGCUACCACGGCUGCAUACCCAGGUCCAAAAGAGAUACAAGCUCUUACCAAGAAAAACUGGAUGUUGUUGUUGGGCCAAUUGAGCUUUGGAAAGAUGGCACUGAAAACCGGAAUGCUGAGCUGGACUAUUCUGAACAUCAGGAAGACGUGGAUUCCCAUGGUUCACUUACUGCUACUGCUGGUCAUUCCCAUGCACCGUUUAUUGUUAUGGGUGUGGUGCUUGCAGCUGUUGUUUUCACUCUUGUUGGGUUUCUUUUGAAAAGUAACUGAGGAGACCGAUUCCGUACCAGAUAAUGUGAGACGCUAAAGACACCAGCAUCUGGCAGACAAUGAUAUCUCAGGGCAUUUACGUAAUGAUUCCGUUUCUAGCCUUUGCACUCAAUAAUUUUUCUAUGACAAUUUGCGCUUCAAAGAGAAAGUAUGACAAACUUACUGUAUGAGGCUACACUCUGAGUUCUGGUAAAUUCAGGCUAGAGAUUUGCCUGAGGUUAAAACCCCACCUCCAUGGAAAAGUUUGAAUCCAGAUUCCAAUUCUGUAACCAGCUGCCAUUUCCAAAAAUGGACUGAACCCAAGCCCAGUAUUUGAUCUACCAGCUCCCUUCUCUUAAUCUAGAUCCAGACUUUGCAGCUCAGGACUAUCUCCAAUCUAGAUAGAUGAAAAAUACUAUCUAUAGUUUUUGUGGUAUUCUGCAGUGAGAUUUAACAGAGCAACUCUUGUAAUAUAAUGAAUGUGUAAGCAGGAAGAAGGGUCCAGAGGUUAGAGCAAUAAUCUGUGGGGUGAGUCACUGUUUCACAAUAAACAGCUUGUGUGACCCUGUGUCAGUCACUUAAUCUCUCUGGGCCUUAGUUCCCCAUCUGUAAAAUGGGAAUAACAGCACUUCCCUAUCACACAGGGGCAUUGUAAGGAUAGAUACAAUUAAGAUUAUGAGGUGCUCAGAUAUUACUAUGAAGAGGGAUAUAGAAGUAUCUAAGAUCGAUAGAUAGUACUUUGAUUUGACAACUUUAUACAUAAAAAGGGCAAUCUGAUACCGGUUUUUAUGUUUUAUGCAUACCUAGUAUAUCUUAUGCAUAUCUAGGACAUUUCAGUCACUGCUGAUCAUCAAGAUUUAGAUUCUAAUGCAAGUUUUCUCCCUCAUAAUCCUCCUCUCACUUCCUUUCAAAAGCAGUGUAUCUAACACCUGAAAUAUUCUGACAUAGAAAUUGUGGUACAGAGAUGGGGAUAAAAUCUACAUGUGGCAACACCAAAUGAUCCCAGGUUGUUAUACAGAAGAAAGUAUUUUUAUUUAGUAAUCAGCUAUGCCUGGAAAAGAAAUACAGAAAUCAUACAUCCAAUAACAUAUGGAAUUGCUAAAACACCCUGUUUCAGAUUGUCUUGGACAUUGCACUUUAAGGUUUAAUUUCUCUUUGAGACAAAUGUAAUAUAUUGUGCUACUUUGUAAAAUGGGAUGAUGUCCACUCUAAAUUAAUUUCAUAUGUAAAUAUAGCAAUUUACAAUCAGAAGUUGGAAGUGUUUACAAAGCAAUAUUUCUAUUGGUGUAUUUGCAAAUAAAAUGUCUAUGC